UUUUAUCAUUUUUAAUUACUCCGAAUUUAAUUAACAGAUUUAUAACAAAUUUGGAACCUUUCUCGGAAAGAGAUGAUGGCAUCCAACAGAGAGGCGCGACGGCGACGUAUAGUUGACAAAGGAUCCGACCGGAUUGCCCUCAUCACCGGCCAGAUCCGCUGCCUCCAGCCGAGCUGCGUCUCCGAAUCCGAACUGCGACAUUCCCACACCGCCUCAUGUCCGCCCUAUCUCUCUCCCGAAGCCCACCAACCCGACCUUCCAUCCCUGGGCUCUAUUGCUGAAGACUCGGUUUCUGGGCAUAUGUUGGAAAAUGAUAAUGAGUUUGUUUCUGAGCCUGGCCAUAAGAACAUGUAUGAAGGUGAAAACAGAGAGGGCACUGGAGUUUCUUCACCAUUGGGUUUGAACAGCAAACAAGUACAGGUCUCAUCUGCUGCAAUUACUGCUUCUGAAGGGGGGGAUCAUCGUCAUCAUAGAAAGCGAACGAGCAACCAUCCAAGUAUCUUCACUCCCCAGAAAAUCAUUUCUGCCAUUAAAUCAUGCGAGAGCAUUCGCAUUCGCUGCUCUCUAGCAGCUUCUCUUCUAGUAGUAUUAUGUUAUGUAGGAUGUCCUAUCCUGGGAACCCACUUGGUUAAAAGUAUUGUCCUAUUCAGACCACUGUUUUUGCUUCUUCUGACCAACACAUCGAUCGUUGUUGGACACCUUCUCUUAGAAAACGCAGGGUCUGGAAGGGUGGUUCAACAGGAAUCUAGCAGUGGAGUUUUAGCAGACGAUAAUGAUUGGGCAGAUAGGGUGGGAAAAGCCUUAGAGUUUUGGCUGACGUUGCAGAAAGUUAUGGGUGCACUGUUCAUUGAUGCUAGUGUAUAUGCAAUAUCAGUUAUAUGCAUCCUUUCCUUUACACAACAACUUGGAUGCAGGAGGUGCAAUCUUGAGGGACAGGGAUGGUCGUUUGGUGCGGGCAGCAGCAUUUCCGAUUCAGGCUUCAUCUCCUCUUGAAGCAGAACUGCUUUCGAUACUCCUAGCUACGAAAUGGGUGAUUAGCGAAGGUUUCUCUAACUUCCAGGUAGAGAUGGAUUCUACUGCGGUGCUGGAUUACAUGAAAGAUGGUGGCUCAGGCAGAUGGCGUUGCAGAUUAGAUAGGUUGUUGGAUCCGUCUGGAAUCAGCGAUGUUUCCUAUUCUAGCGUGUGGAGGCAGGGUAAUUGGGUCGCUCACUUCCUGGUCCAUCAGGAUGUGGCCCAAUGGAUAUAUUUUAACAGAGUACAGGAUCUACCGGCCCUGGCACGGAACUCCUAUUUUAUGGAUCUCUUUGGACUCCCCUCACUUCGUAUUGGCUGACUUUUGUGUUUAUUUCCCAGUUUUUGUAACUUUUUUUGACAGACUUUGGUCUGGUCCUCCUCUCUUUUGUAAUCCUUCUUCCUGUCUUAAUAAAAUUUCGGUAAAUGACCCCUGGCAUUUACCCCACUGAUUUUGGUGGUUGACCUCCCU